AUGCUUAUGGAUGCAGACGCAUUACUGUUCCAGUCACCUGCAUUGCUGUGGGAAACGAAGAAGUACCAAACGACUGGCACGCUUUUCUUCAAUGAUCGGAUUGCCGAGGCUAACUUUUCCGAGGGACUCGGUUAUAGACCAGCAAACCGUCCAAAUAUUAUGGCAAUCGAGGACUAUAUGUCCAAAGCUGAUGUUAAUCUUUUCUGCUAUAUUCCAACGCUUAGCCGACCGAGUGCGCCAUCUGCACUACUUGCAGCUGACAAGUCAACAGUAAUGCUACAUUUCCGGCCAAGCGCGGAUUUACUUAAAAGUCACCUAUUGAACGGACGCAGCGGACACCGAGUGGACUCAUCAAUAUUGUUGUGGAAUAAAAAGCGGCAGCCACGCGCCACUGCUAUUUUAGCUUCAUUUGUUUCGCUCAAUGAUGUACCACGACCACCAUCUUAUGGGGACAAGGAGUUAUUUUUUGUAGCUUGCGAGCUUGCAGAAACCCAGUAUGCCUUUUCUGACUUCGCCACGGGUUCUGCUGGCUGGGACUUUCGAAACUACGGUGCAAACAAGUCAAUAGUCUGUGGCAGUGCGGCACAUCACUUUCCAGAGCUAUCCGAUGGCAUUUUCACCCAGGAAGCAAGGCUCCUCUACAUGAAUUCGCACUAUAUUAUGAAGUACAAACCUAAGGAGCUGCCGAUGUAUUACUCGCCCGCAUGA